AUGUCCCCAAAAUUUUUAACUAAACUCACUGUUGUAGUAAUUCUAUCUGUAAUUGUGGAGAUAAUACCAAUUCAGAUGCAAGGAAGUGAGGACUUAAAAGGAAAUAAUAUAGAUGGAUCGCAACUGAAUCAGUGUUUAAGUGUGUCUGGACGUUCUGAAGUUGGUGUUUGUUUUGGGAAAGAAUUAUUAAAUACGUUAAGUGCUUAUGAUGAAAGAGAUACCUUCAGUUUAGCCAACGGGGUAGCGUUUGUUAGAGAUGAAAAGGGUCCCAGAAGUAUUGGGAACUUUUUGGAUAAGGAUCCUAUGGACUUUCGAUCCGUCAUGGAAGAAGCUAGUAGUCUUAUUUCAAAUCGUGCUCUACACUGGGAUUUAGGGGUUGUAUACCCAGGGCUAGUAUUGAGAAUCGGUCCGACAUUAGCCAAUGGAAUUCUUGAGUUUAUAAUUGAUCCAAAAGUAAAAGAGAGAAGUUAUCACAAUCAAGGAGAAAUGACGACUCGACGGCUGCUUACCCGAAAUUUAUUGGUACCAUUUUUAUUGGGUUUUAAAUUUCAAUUAUCUACUUUAUUACCAUUGUUACUGGGGGUUGUUUUGUUAGCCAGCAAAAAGGCUUUCUUUUUAGCAAAAUUAGCAUUUUUGGCUGUUACAUUAUUUUCGGGCAAUUUCGGAUUUAACAGUUAUAGUAAUCAGUGGAACAAUGGAGGACUUGGUGGUCUUGGGUCAUAUAAUCCAAUUCUGUCAUCAUAUACUUCACAUGGGCAUGGAAACUGGCAUGGUCAUUCACAUGAUCACGAUCAUGACCACCACUAUAAUAAUUAUCAUGGUUCUGAAGGCUACCAUGACCACAGAUAUCCUAACUCUGAAGAUUACUACUAUAAGAGCAAUCUGAAAUCCAUUCAACAAACAACAGCAGCUCCUAUAACACCGGAGGAAUUAAAAGAACGAUUUGACAGACUGUUCGUCACUAAAAAGGAAAUUAACGAUUCCAGGGAAGAGAAGAAAAUAAAAUCGACAAGGGAUUUCGCUUGGACACCCAUUAAUGGCAGAUAA